UCCCUCGCGCAGCCGUCGUCAACACAACUGGAGGAAAUAAGGAGAAGCUAGCAUGGCUAACAAACACUAACGGCUAUCGCUAAAACCUCGUUAACUAUUUAUAAUAACUCAACCAAACGCUGUGUUUGUCUUUUAUCGAUUUAUGAACGGGGCCAUUUUGUGGCGGUUUCAGUUACCAUGGAAUAAGAGAGGACAAUGUUUAGCUAGGUAGCUUGCUAACUUUUAAUGCUAGCAUGCUAACGAUCAGCUGUUGUUUUGGUCGGAGAGCUAGUUAACCGCUUAGCAUUACAGACACCAGAUUUCCUCAUUCCCUGUCGACACUAUUGAGCUACUCUGUCGGUUAAUGGCGACACAUAAAGUUGUCCCACCCUGACAGACUAACCGUUGGUCCGUCGGUCAGCUUUUGUCCCGACAGACAUCCAAUCUGUUUGGGAUCGAUCCAUCCGAGCGGUGUGUAAUUGAAUAUAUAUAUUCAAAAUGCAUGACGCAUAUGAACCAGUGCCUAUAUUGGAGAAGCUUCCUCUUCAGAUUGACUGUCUGGCAGCCUGGGAGGACUGGCUGCUCGUGGGAACAAAGCCAGGGCAUCUCCUUCUCUACCGAAUAAAGAAGGAUGCAGGCACCAACCGCUUUGAGGUGACACUGGAAAAAUCCAAUAAGAACUUCUCAAAGAAGAUUCAGCAGCUUUACGUUGUCUCAAAGUACAACAUUCUUGUCAGCCUUCUAGAGAACAACAUCCACGUCCAUGACCUCCUGACCUUCCAGCAGAUCACCGUGCUGUCCAAAGCCAAAGGAGCGACGCUGUUCGCCUGUGACCUGCAGCUAACCAGCACAGGGGAGGAAAGGUUGAGAAUGUGUGUGGCGGUGAAAAAGAAAAUCCAGAUGUAUUACUGGAAGGACAGAGACUUCUACGAGCUGCAGGGGGAUUUUGGUGCACCAGAUAUUCCAAAGUCCAUGGCCUGGUGUGAAAACUCCAUAUGUGUUGGUUUCAAGCGAGACUAUUACCUCAUCCGGAUGGACGGCCGAGGCUCCAUCAAGGAGCUCUUCCCCACUGGGAAGCAGCUGGAGCCGCUGGUCACCCCACUGGCUGAUGGGAAGGUGGCUGUCGGGCAGGACGACCUCACUGUGGUGCUCAAUGAAGAGGGCGUCUGCACCCAGAAGUGCGCCCUCAACUGGACAGACAUCCCUAUAGCAAUGGGUGAGAAAUCAAAAAUGGAAAAAGCUAACCACCGGGUGUCCUACGAACGGUCCAACCCUCGACCCAGCUACCCGGAGGUCGAAUUUUCUCCUCUCAUCCUCCACAGGCAGAAUAUUGUGUACGUUGCCAGCAACCACUUUGUGUGGCGCCUGGUGCCGGUGUCCAUUGCCAUUCAGAUCCGGCAGCUUCUUCAGGACAAGCAGUUCGAGUUGGCUCUACAGCUGGCGAUGAAGGAUGAUUCUGACGGGGAUAAGAAGCAGCAGAUCCAUCACAUCCAGAAUCUCUACGCCUUCAACCUGUUCUGCCAGAAGAGGUUCGACGACUCCAUGCAGGUGUUCGCCAAACUGGGGACAGGUGAGAACUCUAAGCUUUUCUUCCUCCAAUGGCCGUAG